AUGGCUGAGCAGGACAUCACCAAGUAUCUCCAGCAGAGCCAUGAUCGGCUCUUCGACAACAACCGUUCGUGGGCUGAGCACAAGGCAAAGGUCAACCCCGACUUCUUCAAGAACCUCGCCGCUGGCCAGGCUCCCGAGUACCUCUGGAUCGGAUGCGCCGACUCGCGUAUCCCCGCGGAGCAGAUCUGCGGUCUUGAGCCCGGCGAGGCAUUUAUCCACCGCAACAUCGCCAACCUCGUCUGCAACACUGACCUCAACGCUAUGGGCGUCAUCAACUACGCCGUCAAGCACCUCGGCGUGAAGCACAUCAUCGUCUGCGGUCACUACGGAUGCGGUGGUGUCAAGGCGGCCAUGACUCCCCAGGACCUCGGCCUUCUGAACCCUUGGCUGCGAAACAUCCGCGACGUCUACCGUUUGCACGAGAAGGAGCUCGAUGCCAUUGAGGACGAGAGCGCCCGGUAUGACCGCUUGGUCGAGCUCAACGUCAUUGAGCAGUGCCGCAACGUCAUCAAGACUGCCGACGUCCAGCAGUCAUGGCACCAGAACAAGUACCCCAUCGUUCACGGGUGGGUCUUUGGUUUCAAGGACGGUCUGCUCAAGGAUCUUAAGAUUGACUUUGAGUCGGUUUUGCACGAUAUCCAAAAGAUUUACAAUCUUGUUGACAACAAAUAA